UCAAAGAUGGCGGACUCGCAGUCGACGAGUCUGGGGGAGGAUACGGAGAAGGAGGGUAGGGAGCGCUCCGCCUGGAAGUCACCGACAAUCGAGGGGGGCAAGGGGAGCAAAAGCGGCGGCCACAACAAGGCAAAGAAAGGCAACUUGUCAGAUUUGUCUCUGGUCAGGUUUGUAACUACGGAGCUGACCAGGGGUUACUUCCUGGAGCACAACGAGGCCAAAUAUACGGAGCGUCGGGAGCGAGUGUACACCUGCUUACGCAUCCCCAAGGAGCUGGAGAAGUUGAUGACCUUCGGCUUCUUCCUGUGUCUGGAUGCCUUUCUCUACGUCUUCACUCUGUUGCCCCUCCGAGUGCUGCUGGCCCUGCUGCAGCUCAUCACGCUGCCGUGCUGCGGCCUCGGAGGCACCCGCCUGCUCCAGCCGGCACAGGUCUGCGACGUCCUGAAGGGCUUCAUCAUGGUGCUGUGUUACUCCAUGAUGAGCUACGUGGACUACGCCAUGAUGUACCACCUCAUCCGGGGCCAGUCGGUCAUCAAGCUCUACAUCAUCUACAACAUGCUGGAGGUAGCGGACCGCCUCUUCUCAUCUUUUGGCCAGGACAUCCUGGACGCGCUGUACUGGACGGCCACGGAACCCAAAGAGAAGAAGAGGGCGCACAUAGGCGUCAUCCCCCACUUUCUCAUGGCCGUGCUCUACGUCUUUCUCCACGCCAUCCUCAUCAUGGUCCAGGCCACCACGCUCAACGUGGCCUUCAACUCCCACAACAAGUCUCUCCUCACCAUCAUGAUGUCCAACAACUUUGUGGAGAUCAAAGGAAGCGUGUUCAAGAAGUUUGAGAGGAACAACCUUUUCCAGAUGUCAAACAGCGACAUAAAAGAGAGGUUCACCAACUACAUCCUCCUGCUCAUCGUCUGCCUCAGAAACAUGGAGCAGUUCUCCUGGAACCCGGACCACCUGUGGGUGCUAUUUCCCGACGUCGCCAUGGUGAUGGCCUCCGAGGUGGCGGUGGACGUGGUCAAGCACGCGUUCAUCACCAAAUUCAACGACAUCAGCGCCGAUGUGUACGGGGAGUACCGAGCCAGCCUCGCCUUCGACCUCGUCAGCAGUCGACAGAAAAAUGCCUACACAGACUACAGCGACUCUGUCUCCAGAAGAAUGGGCUUCAUUCCUCUUCCCCUAGCGCUCCUGCUGAUCCGAGUGGUGAGCAGCUCCGUGAAGAUCCAGGGCUCGCUCUCCUUCAUGUGUGUGCUGCUCUUCUACUUUGGGCUGAUCACCCUGAAGGUGCUCAACAGCAUCGUCCUGCUCGGAACGUCCUGCGUCUUCGUCAAAGAGGCCCACAUGGAGGAGAAGCUCUUCCACCCUCCGCCCUCCGCCGUCUCCAGUCGCGUCAACUCCAGGGCCAAUCGCAGCAAAGCGCCCCAGGCCGCGCCCCAGCCAGACGCCGGCACAGACAAAGGAGGAAUCCCGCUGGCGUCGGUCAGCCCCCAGCCGGCGCACGUACCGGAAGUCCCCGCCCCGGCCACGCUCCCUAAGAGCGACUCUGACAUUUUCCUCACCACCCCUGACGAGGACGAGGACGAUAUCGUCAAAAUCGUCAACAUGGACACGGGCCUGGACGAGGACGUGCUCGCGCGUAGAACGCCCAAAAAGGACCUGCUGGAGAUAGACCGCUUCACCAUCUGUGGCAACCGCAUCGACUGAACGCCGUCAGGACCUGGGGGAAGGGGUGGGGAGGGGGCCGCCGACCCGGAAGCGAGCCACGGGUCAGGGCUCCGUGCCCCCCCAGCUCAGCCAAUGGCUAUUUAUGCUGACAUUACUGCUGACAGAAGCCGGCAGGGGCAUGAAGCUCUUCCGACAGGACGUCCCGGCCGGGCAGGUGGACCGCCAGGAGUCCGUCCGGCUCACGGACCCGCCGCCAAGUGUGGCGUGGAGCGUAAAGCGUCUGCUACAGAGAGAAAAGGUGCAGACUGCUGUGAUGUCACAGCCGCGCUGGGUUUGCUAAAGCACAAUCCACAGACACUUCUUACAUUUCAAAUGUUUUUUUUAGUGAAAAUCUGUGUUUUUACUGACAAUGGCGGGUGAAAGACGAUUAGAGACAGGAAGUGUAACCUUCGUAGACCGUGCAUGGUAACUUAUCAAUUGACUGCAGUUGCUUUGACCCGCACCGCAUCGUAAGAAUGACAAACAAUAUGGGACCAUCCUGAAAACUGGAGGAAAAUGGAACUUUCAACUCAAGAGAAAUUGAAGGAAAUAAAAAUAAAAAAUCCCCGCUAAGAACCAAUUAUUUUCCACCAAAUGACCCGUCCCCCAAUGGUGGGCACCCCUACCAAUUCCUGGGAAAUAAAUGCAUCCUUUCUCCAGUGGUUUGCCAAGCCCAUCAGAGCAUCUAGGAACAUUAAGAAAAAUUAAGACCUAAAUUUACGAGAAAAAAAGUUUAUAAAAAUAAAAACACAUUUUUUUAAAAAUAAAGAAAAAAAUGCAAAAUUUCAUGAGAAUAAUAUAUUUUAUAAAAUAUUUUAAUAACCGCAUUUUAAUAAAAAAAAAUACAAUGAAAAAAACAUUAUAUGAUGGAAUAACAUCCAAACACGACAACAACAAAGUCAAGCCAAAACAUAUAUAUGAUAGAAUAAUUAUAUAUGAUAUGAUAAAAAUUGUCGAAGAAUAUUGAAAAAGCAGUGAAAGCGGGUAAAAAAAACUAGAUGUCAAUUCACGGUAAUAAAGGCAAAAUAUGAAGAGAAAAAAAGUUGA